AUGCCGAGUCCUGUGGAUUUAGCUUUCUCUCCCUCUUGUUUUGAGUCCCUCUCCUGGUCAGCAGACGGCGACCUGGCCGUGGCCGCGGGCGAGUAUGUCCAGAUUCUGACACCAAAGAAAUUGGAUACAGACUCAUCAGGGCCUAAAAACCAAGAUGAGUGGAACAUUACACGCAUCCGUGUCAAUCUCUUCACUGUUGCCGAGUGGCAGUUUAUCCAACCCCAGAAUCGAGAUGAUUUCUCCCUUGCAGCCGAGCAGUCAACUGGUACAGUGGUGGGUGUUGCUUGGUCUCCACCAGGCCUAGGCCGGUUUCGCCGGAGUGUGCUCGCUGUCUUGACAUCGAAUCUCCUCCUGUCUCUAUGGGAGCCAGUUGGCAUCCAAGGCCAAUGGACACGAGUCGCCAUCGUGAAUCACAUCUUCCACCUUGAUCCUACAGCACCAGCUCAACUGACUGGGUUGGAACUGCGAAGAUCAAAUAUUCGGUCUUUCCAAUGGUGUCCACCGUUACUUGCGCCCCCCUCUCAGAAUGCGGGUUUAGCACCCGAGCCUGAAUCUCGCUGGGGUGUACACCUACUUGUGGUGACCAACGACGCCAAUGAGGCCAUUCUACUACGCGUGCGGAGAUUGGUGGACGGGAAAAUCUCCUCCGUGCCCUACUCUAUCGACAAGCUGGCACUUUACUCAUUGGAAGAUGGCCAAGAACGUUAUCCACAAGCUUGCUCUGCAUCGCUUCUUCGGAGUGCGCUUCAAGGGAAAGCACGGCCCUUGUCAGUCUGUUGUGGUCCGUGGCUUGAGGUGCCUCGAACAAGUGAAGAUAUUUUCUAUUCUGCUACCGCCGUUAUUGCUACGGUCUUCGGGACACAACUACGAGUUUUCAAGACCACGGUGACCUUGCUUGCAUCCAAUCCGGUUGAUGGUGUUAUCAUCCAAUAUGAGGCAACAGCAAGACUUUCGGAUCAUCCAUUAAGCAUAAAUUCCUCGAAAUGGACCCCGCGCCCUGUGAAUGGCCCACUCAACUGGGCUUCUACCGAUCAAUCAGCUGCGAUUACUCUCACAGCUCCCACGAAUAUUGGUUUUUUGGCUGUAUCCAUUCCUCGUGCUGUGUAUGUUGGCAGUGCGACCCCACCCGAUGAGCUUGAUAUCCAUGAGUGGCCUUUAUCCAUUCUCGCCGAAGAGGACGGUGAAGGUCCAAAGAGAUACAUGGAGCCAAUUUCGGGGAUGACUGCCUUUUGUGAUGAGAAAAGCGGCGUGUUGAGCCUUCAUUUAGGCACAAUGAGUGGACUGGGAAUCGUUCUCAACCUGGAUGGAUCUAGAGCUAAUAAUAGUCCGAGACUUCCGCAGUGGAGGAAGAUUGUUGAGGACCGUCUCGAACAAUUUGACCUGGAUCGCGAUUUGGGUGGACAGAGUGUCGCCAGAAUCUGGGGACUUGCUUCCUAUCGCGGUGUGGUUGCCGUGCUCUUCUCCAGGCACCCAACGGAUAUGAUCGAAUAUAGGGUCACCUCCGAUGAAAAGUCAGUCCUGGCAUUUGCCUCUGAGGACUCAGACUACUCCCCUGAUAUUCAGACACUUCUUGCUCCGACUAUCUCGGCUACAGAGUCGUGGUCCCCGGCGGAUCAGCGGGAGGCAGUGAUAUCGUAUGUGCUGUCGAGCAUGGAUGAGAUAGCCGAAGGAGAUCCAGAGAGCCAGAGACUCAUAUAUGCCUUGGCUUGCUGCGCCAUUGUCGAUCAAAAGGGCGAAGCUAUUCGAUCCCAUGCUCGGCAGUCAUUAAUACGGCUCGCAGUCCUGACAGGUGCGGACUUGACCGAAGAAAUUGCCAGAUGCGAUGAGAAAUCCCCGACAUUAUCUGCAAAGUCGAUUGAGCAACUCAGCGGCCCCGGAGCACAUAUGUUCGAAAAGUGCGAGAUUUGCGACGCGGGAAUUGCUUGGGUUUCAGCCACCGAGGCCCAAUGCGCAGAGGGCCAUCUCUUUGUGCGUUGUGGGCUGAGCUUCCUGGCCAUUCAAGAACCCGGCUUAUCCAAGUAUUGCUCCCGUUGUCGGGCAGAAUACAUCAACGAAGAGACGAUUGCUCGAAUUCACGAAGGCAAUCUCUGCCCUCUAUUCAGAAAUCUCUUUGAGGCUUUUGAUACGUGCCUAUAUUGUGGGGGCAAAUUCCAGGCCAGCAUCUAG